UCAAAGAUGUCAACGGUGCCGGACGACGUGUAUUGUACUGAACAAAUAUCCAUACCACCAGCUUUCCCGUACUUGCUGAGGCAGUACGCGAAAGCUGCCAUUAGGACCCAGCCAGUAGAUUUGCUAAGAUGGUCGAGUGCUUACUUUCGUUGUCUAUCGUUGAACAUACCACCUCCAGUGAAACCACGACUAGAGUACCCGGUACCUCGGGACCACCACGGCGUCACACCAGGAUGGCUUAAGACCCUGAACAGUCAGAUGCAAAACAAUCAGACGACGACCUUCAGAUACCUCUGGGACAGAUGGAUCGGUGCUUGCUUCGAACAUAGUACCCUAGUGCAAAUUCUCUGUCUCGGCGGUUUCGACGAUCCCAACGCCAUACCAUGUCGGAGGUUUAUCGCUCUCUGUGCUGCUCAUUUGACAGAUGACCUCUCGUGCACGAUGAUUUUGGUAUGCGAAAUCCUAACCGAAGAACCGGAAGGGGGCUCUGCCGCCAUAUCUUUGACAACGUUCAUGGAUCUGUACAAGUUUUUGGCGAAAAUUGACGCGUCUACCGACCAAGUUCUCAAAAACUACCACUUCAGAGACAGUCUACUAGCUCUGUGGAGGGAAAAGGUUAAGAAGCAAGAAGUUGCGGAGGAGGAAGCCCAAGAGUCGAUUGUAGAGGAACCGAGUGAGGAGACCAAGACGAGUACGGAAAGCCUGGAUGUGAGCGUGAAACGAGACGUCAGUCAAGAAAUCGUGUCAUGUCCGAGUCUUUUAGACGACGAUCGUAAUUCGUUGGACUACAUCUUGGAACCUCAAGAGGAAGAGGGCAAGUCUGAAACCGUUGUGGAACACGAUGUAUCGAUAAAAGAAGAUGAUCCGUCAGAAAAGCAAGGUGAAGAAGUUGAUACUGGCGAGGAAACUAAGUCGGAGCAUACUUUGGAAAGCGCAUCUUUGCAAGACGAAGACGAGCUCAAACCUAAAGAAGGACAUCAGCCUGCUGAUGAAGCUAGCGAAAAAUCUGAGGAAAGGUCUGAACUCAGCGAACCCAAGCCGUACGAGUCAGUCGACACGAUCGUAGAGGAACCCAGAACCAUUGAAUUUCAGUUCGAAGAUGAGAAAACGUUGGAAGAAGAUCUGCAAAGGCUAAGGGCCCUUCAAGAGGAAACAGCCGGGGAAUCUGACCGGGAAGUGGAAAAAUUUAAAUCUCAAUUGAUAGCGGAAGUUCCGGUAGAGGUAUAUCCUGAAUACGUGAAAGAAGAAAGUGUUGAAGAACCGGUUAGGGUUGAAAGCAUCAGUGUAGAGCUAGAGAAAGAGUACGAAGAUGUGUUUGUAGCAGCUGUUCCAGGAAUUGGGGCGGUAGUGUCCGACGCUUUGGUAGAUGCGGUGGCUGAUUAUAUGAAGGGUGUGGCCAGAUUUCAGCAUGGAAUGGUCAUGCCUAGAAACAUAAGGCACUACAGCUGUCCUCCGCUAGACGUUACGGAGUAUUAAAUUCUGUGGUGCUUGUGGAAGCGAAAUAAAUUUGAGGUGUAGUGUCUGAGAUAAUUAAGAAAUAAACUAGACCUUACUCCAAGUACAAAAGAAUAAAACAACAACUUGAAUUAAUUUUAUAACCUCCAAAUAUCUAAAGAGAAUGUAAUAAUAAAGGAAAGAAACAAUGGGCAAAUAAAAAUUGAAAAUUUGAGUUGCAGUGAAGCAAUAUUGUUAUUGAUUAUUUUUUAAAAACUUUUAAUUAAAAAAUGUUGGGAUUUUUUGUUAAAAAUAUAGAAAAGAACAAGAAAUAAUUAAUUAAAAAAUAAUAAUAAUAAAAAGAAAAGAAUCAUAACUCUCUGGAGCUGUAUUCUGGAACUUUUUUAUUGAGGCUUAGUUUUUGGGAUAAUAGGCGAAUUUUUGGUUUUUUCUUAAGGUAAGAUGAAUUCGAAAAACGUACAGAGGAAAAAAAGAAUGAAGCAAUAACUUGACUUAAAUUUACCUUUUUUUUUAUAUGAAAACAAAAAACAAAUAUGGAAUGGGAUGCAAUAAUAAAAGAAAAUAUAUUUGGGAAAUUUGUGAAGCGGUGUUUGAAAAAAAAAAUGAAAAAAUAAGCAAGCAAAGCAGCAAAUCUCAAGAAAUGAAUGAUAAAAAAAUAUUUGCGGGAAUAAAUCACAAAUAUUUAUUAUUUUUUAAAAACUCGUAGAUAAAAAAUAUUGUGAUUAUCUGUUAACAAAGGAAAAUAAAAUUGGAAAAUUUGUGAAGCGGUAUUUGAAAUAAAAAAAAUGUGAAGGAAUGAGCUAGCAAAUUACCAAAUCUAAGUAAAUAAAUGACUAAAAAAAUAUUUGCAGGAAUAUAUCAGAAAUAUUUAUUAUUUUUUAAAAAAUAUUGCCAUUAUUUGUUAAAAAUAUUAAAAGGAGAUGCGAUAAGCAAUUAAAACAAAAACAUAAUAAUAAUUAGAAAAAAAAUUAUAAAACAGAAUCAGUCCUAAAAUUCAAAUGAAUUCAAACAAUGCAGAAAGGAAAAAAGAAUAAAACAAUAACUUGACGUAAAUUUAACCAUUUCUAAAAGAUAAAAAAUAUAUAUUUGCAGGAAGGAAUCAGAAAUAUUUAUUAUAUUUUAAAAACUUUUAAAUAUAAAAUAUAGAAAGGAGAUGCGAUAAGAAAUUAAUACAAAAAUACCUAUAUUAAUAAUUAUAAAAGAAAUUGAUAAAAAAGAAUCAUAAACCUCUAUAGCUGUCUUCUGAAAGUUCUAAAUUGAAGAGUAGUUUUUGGAAUGGUAUGAGAAUUUUUCUUUUUUUUUUUAAGAUAAAAUGAGUUCAAACAAUGUUGAAAACAAUAACUUGACUUAAAUUUGCCUAUUUCUAAAGGGUGAGAACAAAAUAUUAGGAUUCAAAUAUGGAAAUAAGACGCAAUAAAAUCGAAAAAUUUAUAAAGCGGUGUUUCAAAUUAUAAAAAAAUCUGAAGGACUAAGCUAACAAAGCAGCAAGUCUAAAUAAAUAAAUGAUAAAAAAAUGUUUGCAGGAAUGAAUCAGAAAAAUUUAGUAAUUAUUAAAAACUUUUAAAUAAAAAAUAUUGAGGUUUUUUAUUAGAAAUAUAGAAACUAGAUGAGAUACGAAAUUAAUACAAAAAUAUAAUUUUUAUUUUAAGGAAAAAUGAAUUCAAACUACAUUGAAAGGAAAAUAAAUAAAAUAAUAACUUCACUUAAAUUUACUUUUUAUAAAAGGUUGAAACAAAAUAUUUUGGUCCAAAUAUGGAAAUAGGCGGCAAUAAAAAAGAAAAAUUUGUAAAGGGGUGCUCAAAUAAUAAAAAAAAUGUAAAGGAAUAACCUAGCAGCAAGUAU